AUGUCCACCGGACUCGUCGAUGCCCCCCGCCCGAUCGACUCGUCGGCCCCGUUCCCUCCCCUUCCAAAUCCCGCCGCGUUCGGCGUGACCUGCCCGAAAUGCGGGACCGCGUGUGGGGAUGCGACUGAUUCCAGCCCGCUGCAGGUCGAUGCGCGGCGACGGAUCGCCGAGUUGGAGGCGCAGGUGCGGAUCUUGACCAGCAAGGCAUCCACAGCAGUCGAUAAACUCGCCGACUACGAAGACGAGUUGCGGUUGCUGAAAAGCUCGCAAGCGACCACGCCGCCCGUCACCUCGACCCUCUCCUCCUUCCUCUCUCGCAAACCAUCAGUCCCUCCCUCCGUGUCUCCUCCCGCUGCCGCCGACCCCGUCCCUGCCGACCCCGACCCCGCCCUGCUCGCGCAGCUGGCCAAAGAAAAGCAGCUCCGCGCCUCCGCUGAGUCGCAGCUCACGACCAUCUCCUCCGAGAUGGAGGAUCUCAGCGUGACGCUGUUCCAGCAGGCGAACGAGAUGGUGGCGCAGGAGCGGAAGGCGCGGGCUGAGCUGGAGGAGCGGGUGAAGCUGUUGGAGGGCCGCGAUGCAGAGAAGCGGAAGCGGUUGGAGCGGUUGGAGAAGGCGAUGGGGAGGAUUGAGAGGGUGAGGGGGAUCUUGGGGCAGAAGACCUGA